AUGCCGCCCUCCCGCAAGCCACCGCCUGCGCUCUACCCCCAUCCCCAGGGGCUCCCCUCUGGCCCCUCUCCUGUCGACCCUCGCACCUCCCCGGCACCUUCAUACGACUAUGGCCAGCAGCCCUACGUCAAUCCGCUCAUCGACCCGUUUCGGGACACCGCGUACAACGCAUACUCGCCCCUCUAUCACAACGCCCCGUCUCCCAUAGCACCCGUCUCCCAGGCUGGCGAUGCCCGACUCCCUUUCUUCGAGGCUGCCUUGGCGCGUUCGCGAGGCGGCCAUGAGCAGCUCAGCUCGUCCGACCACGCACCCGUCCCUACGUACACCCAGCCACUUCCUGCCUAUCUUCCCCCUCCCGACCCCAAUCACCCGGACCUUGCAGUAGGAUUCACUGCAUCCAACACUGUCCGGUACGCGAUGAAUCACGCUGCCCCAAGGGAAGGCUCGCGAUCUCCCUCCCCUUGGAUGGAUGACAGUUUCGUGCAGAACGGCGGGGAUGAUAGAGAUGUCGAGAAAGGGCACUUGCUCGAGGACAGUGAAGCCCUUCCUCGUAUACCUUUCACCACGAACGCAACUGCAGUCCCCGGGACGGGAGAUGACCACGGGGACCUCUCUGUUCCCUCAUACGCCUUGUCAGGCGGGUAUCAUCCCGACCUUGAUGAGAAGGAAGGCUCAACUCAGCAUUUUGGGCCCGCUCCCGCCGGUAGAGUGGGUCGUCGCACGCACAAUGCUGCAGGCUACAAGCGCAUCAAACAGACCGCAACUCUGGACGAUAGCGGAUUCUUUGCAAUAAACAUGCCCAUCCCUACCCGACUCUCACAAUUUCUACCAAUCAAAGGAGUUGAAGAACAAAAGUCAACUAGGUAUACUGCCAUCACUACAGACCCCAAUGAAGUCCCUACCUCAGGGUUUCGCCUUCGUCAAAACUUGUUCUCUCCCCCUCGGCAAACAGAACUGUUCAUCGUCAUCACCAUGUACAACGAAAACGCUGAAUUGUUUUGUCGAACACUGUACGGAGUGAUGAAGAACAUAGCGCAUCUAUGCGGGCGCAAAAACUCUCGAGUUUGGGGUAAAGAUGGUUGGCAAAAGGUGGUUGUGUGUAUUGUUGCAGACGGCAGAAAGGCUGUCAAUCCAAGAGUACUGGACUGUCUGGCAGCGCUCGGUGUGUACCAAGAAGGCGCAAUGACCAACAAAGUGCAAGAUAGACCAGUUACCGCUCACGUCUUCGAGUAUACCACAAGUUUUGCUCUAGAUCCCGACCUUCACUUUAAAUAUCCCGAUCGAGGAAUUGUCCCUUGCCAGAUCAUCUUCUGCCUGAAAGAGAAGAAUGCAAAGAAAAUCAACUCGCAUAGAUGGUUCUUCAACGCCUUUGCUCCCCUGUUAUCGCCAAACGUUUGUAUACUACUUGAUGUCGGUACACGACCUGCCGUCAAAUCCAUCUACCAUCUUUGGAAGGCGUUCGACAUGAACUCCAAUGUCGGAGGAGCUUGCGGCGAGAUUGCUACUUUCAAAGGCAAGACAUGGCGAAGUCUGCUCAAUCCAUUAGGCAAGUCCUUCCUGUAUCAUGUUAGGUCCAACAUUCUCGACAAACCUCUGGAGAGCCUAUUCGGUUAUUGUACCGUUUUGCCGGGAGCAUUUUCAGCUUAUCGUUGGAUCGCUCUUCAGGACAAUGCGGAUGGAACGGGGCCUUUGGCGAGCUACUUUGCUGGUGAACAGCUCAAUACCGGGAAAGCCGAUACCUUCACUGGGAAUAUGUGGUAUCUUGCCGAGGAUCGAAUCUUAUGUUUCGAGAUCAUCGCAAAAAAGAAAGCAAAUUGGGUAUUGAGAUUUGUGAAAGCGGCGGUUGGAGAGACCGACGUUCCGGAUACCAUUCCGGAAUUCAUCGCACAGAGGAGAAGAUGGCUGAAUGGCUCCUUCUUUGCUGCUGUGUACGCUUUGAUUCACGUCAACCAGAUCUGGCAUUCCGAUCAUUCGCUUGCGCGCAAAUCAGGUCUCAUGCUGGAAUCUGUGUACAACGCCUUGAAUCUGCUUUUCUCGUGGUUUUCCUUGGCAAACUUCUACAUCUUUUUUGUCAUCCUCACUACUGCUCUCGAGGGCGAUGCGUUCAAUGUACCGCACAUCGACGUGCUGAACACUAUCGCAAGGUACGGAUACCUCGGGGCUUUGAUUGGAUGCUUCAUCUUUGGUAUGGGAAAUAGACCACAAGGAUCUCCCUGGAAGUAUAAGGCGACAAUAUAUUUCUUCGCCCUUCUCACAACAUACAUGUUGAUUGCGGCUGUUCUCUGUACUAUACAAGCAGUCUCGGAUUUCGAUAGUCCUAUCUUUGCGCGCUUGGUAGUGUCUCUCAUAUCCACUUACGGCGUCUAUGUGGUCUCCAGUUUCCUUGCUUUGGAUCCAUGGCACAUCUUUACCUGUUUCUUCCAAUUCGUAUUGUUCUCGCCGACUUAUAUCAAUGUUUACGCUUAUUCGAAUUUGCACGACCUGUCCUGGGGUACCAAGGGUUCUGACGCUACCCAGGAGUCAGACCUGGGUGCCGUACAAGGUGUUGGAAACCAUGUGGAGGUUGAAUUAGUGACUGCUCAGCAGGACAUCGAUGGUGCUUAUCAGGAUGCCUUGGACAACAUUAGGCUGAAGGGCGCUAAGGAAGAGAAGAUCGACCUUGGCCCGAAUCAGCCAAUGUCUGAACAAGCACAGAAGGAUGUCUAUGCCAAUUUCCGUACCAAUCUGUUGCUCUUAUGGUCUCUUUCAAACGCCUUGCUGGCCAGCGCCAUUUUGACAGGGAACACUUCUGGAUCUUUUGAUUCUUCUAGCACUUCAAAAACGACUGUCUAUAUGCUGGUUAUCCUGAUCUUUGUGGCAGGUAUGGCGAUAUUCCGCUUUAUCUGCUCGACAACAUAUCUCAUCCUGAAUCUCUUUACCGGAUGA